GAGUCAACCUCCAGCCGGCGACAGCUGGUGUUGUUUAUCAAAACAUCGGUCCGCCUGUUAGAUAACAAUUCGUAUUUUCGUUACAAAUCUUCCAGAAUUUCUAGUGCAAAAUGAGUCUACUGGUGAGAAAACUUGGAUCCAGUGCCUUCGGCAGCCGCACCAGUUUCUUCCUGGCGCGAACGCUUUGCGCCAACGCCGUAGAUGCCAAGGAGAUUGACAAACUUGUACACAACAACAAGGUCGUCGUGUUCAUGAAGGGAAACCCGGAACAACCGCGGUGUGGAUUCAGCAAUGCCGUGGUCCAGAUCCUGCGGAUGCAUGCCGUGAAUUACGACAGCCACGACGUUCUGCAGAGUGAUGCCUUGCGACAGGCCAUCAAAGACUAUUCCAACUGGCCAACGAUUCCGCAGGUUUUUAUCAACGGAGAAUUUGUCGGAGGAUGCGACAUCAUGCUGCAGAUGCACCAAAACGGAGAACUCAUCGAUGAGCUGAAGAAGGUCGGCAUUACGAGUGCCUUAGUGGAUGCGGCCGGAGCAGAAGAGAAGAAGUAGGUUGAGAGAUGAUUAAAAAUAUAACACCCAAAUGAAAACUAUUAUUUAAGCUUCAGUACAAUAAAAACUGAGACCUUCUUACUACUUAA